GCGGGACAACGAGAGUUAGUAUAGAGGCCUCUUAGGCUCUUAACCCACUUGUCUAACCAACGGACUAGCCAAGAAAUACGAACACUACUAUCCCUGAGCCUAGUUUGAUCCCUCAACAAUCAAGGCGGGAUUUCUGCAAAACAUUUAUCAACUCAUCCAGCCGCUCGUAAACAGCGUUGCGCACUCUCCUGGCCAAAAUGCCACACAUUCUCCUUGAACGAACAAAUCAUCCUACAACCCUACGAUAAUACUGCUUCUUAUAAUCUAAUUGCGAAAACAAUGUUCAUCUUCACACUCACACUCACCCUCUUCAUCUCUCUCUCCUCCGCCCGCACAUGCUACCACCCCGACAAGUCCGUCGCCACCAAUAACGUCCCCUGUACGUCCGCUGACACGGCCUAUUGCUGCGACUCCGAUGCGAUCUGCAUGUCUAAUGGCUACUGCGUUGGAGUCGGAGCCCAGCCAUAUGUCUUUUUCCGGGGCUCUUGUACAGACGAAAACUGGGGUAGCGGCUGUCCGACACAGUGUGUAAAUAAAAACCCUAGCGGCGGCGCACCUAUCAUCGGAAUCGGCACCGACAGCUCCGGAGAUGCACAAUACUGCUGCGGCUUUCAGGUCAAGAACAACGGGUCUUCGGAGUGCGUGGAUGGCGACACGGCGUUCACUUUAAACAAUGGAGAGAUGAUUCUCGGGCGGGCCGCGCUGGAGAAUGUGACGGAAGUUAGUAACGCCAGUUCCACUUCGACAACCACGGUUUCCACCGAGACAGUGCUAGCGACCUCGGCGACUUGUUCAAGCAGUGAGAAGCACUGUAGCUCAAAUGCGACGGCUGUAGGAGCUGGUGUGGGCGUGCCCCUGGGAGUGCUGGCUGUGUCGGCUGUCGUGUGGGCGCUUUGGGAAAGGAGCAGGAGAAUUACAGCAUCUACUGCUGCUGCUCCUAACGUUCAAGAGGGGUUUAAAGGACUUGUGCAAGAAAGCUAUGUUCCGCACAGGAUGCAACAGGCGCCGACGGAGUUGGACACGCGAGCCAGGAUAUCGGAGAUGAUGGGAAGUAGCUACCAACAUGCACCCUAAAACGUUGAAUAUUCAUAGGGAGUAAUAAGUUGCGAGAGCAUUUCACUUUACAAUUGCCAUUCCAACACCCAGCACAUCAGUUAAGUGUGAUGAGUCGUUACCUUUAACCGUUCAAUUUAAGUAGACGAUGUUUUGCUUGAC